UAAAUGAUCAUUUCCGAGGUUCCGUGAAGGCAGCGCCGCUCCGUUCCUUCUCUCUCUCUAGUCUGCUUUUACUCCAAGCGAGCCGCGCGCCCGCUAACUCACGCACAGAUAACUGCCAAGUUCGGCCCCACGCUCUCCCCCCGGACCGCCGAACUCUGCCCGCCACAGGUCCGGACGGGAAGACACCGAACAUUUGAGGCGUUCGGUCUCUGGAGGAGCGGCGUUCACUGACGGGGGACGCGUGCCGUGUCCCGCGGGAGCUCUCCCUCUUUUUUUCUUUAGGAGGGGGCUCCACCGAACCCGAGCGGCACCGCUAGUGUGGUUUCAUUGGGCCGGGAGAGGAACCGCGAGUUCCGGCGCGUGCACUCCCCGGUUACGAGCUGCGAUGAGUAGCGGAACCGACAGCGGAGAGGCGGCACGCCGAGGCGGGAAGAGCUAAGCUCCGGUCCGGUCAGCGGAACCACGCAGUGUCUCUCCUUCCCGAUCUACCUUUCCACAUCCCUCUCUCCCCCUCUCUCUCCCUCCUCCCCUCCCUCCCUCCUACUCCUCUCUGGCAGGCUGCUGGUUGCGGUGAGUCAGUAUCAUGGAGGCAGGCAGCGGGGCUGCCGCAGCGGUGGGGGGCGCAGCGCUGGGACUGCUGGGAGCCGCGUGCAGUCAUGACAUCCUGGACAGGAGCCUGAGAACAGGAUGUCACCUGGAAGACGACGACAUCGUGACUGAACUCGUUCACAUCCAUCCCAGAGAGAGACCCGACUGGGAGGAGACCAUCAGUGCCAUGGCGAGAAGCGCAGAGAUCCCGGAGUUGAGGGCGGAGCCUCUGAUGCGCUCGAGCAGCAGCAGCACGGCCAGCAUGAAGGUCAAGAAUGUCAAGAAACUCUCCUUCACGAAGGGACACUUCCCAAAGCUGGCAGAGUGCGCUCACUUCCACUAUGAAAAUGUGGAUUUUGGCUCAAUUCAGCUCUCACUGGGAGACGAACAGUGUGAGGUGACCAGGAAUGGCCACGAGUCCAAAGAGCUGGUGUACCUGGUACAUAUUUACUGCCAGGGCCGAAGCUGGAUCGUGAAGCGCAGCUAUGAGGAUUUCCGCGUCCUGGACAAGCACUUGCAUCUGUGCAUCUACGACCGGCGCUUCUCGCAGCUGCCCGAGCUGCCCCGCCUGGACAGUCUGAGCGAUCCGCCAGAGUCAGUUUCCCAGAUGCUGUUGACUUACCUCUCACGCCUCUCAGCCAUCGCUGACAACAAAAUCAACUGUGGGCCGGCCCUCACCUGGAUGGAGGUUGACAAUAAGGGGAAUCACCUGCUGGUUCACGAGGAGUCUUCCAUCAACGUUCCGGCCAUCGCUGCUGCUCACGUCAUUAAGCGCUACGCGGCGCAGGCCUCAGACGAGCUCUCCUUUGAGGUUGGAGACAUCGUGUCUGUAAUUGACAUGCCCCCCAAGGAAGACACCACAUGGUGGAGGGGCAAACACGGCUUCCAGGUGGGCUUCUUCCCCAGCGAGUGUGUGGAGCUCAUCAACGACAAAGUCCCACAGUCCAUGACCAACGCCGUUCCAAAAGCAGCCCCCCCCUGCCCGGGCCUGCAGCCUGCUUCCUGGAGUCUCUUCCCCCCCUACUUGGAGAUGGAGAGUGUAAUGCAGGACAGUUCAUGGGUGGCCGAUCCGCUAAACCACUACAACCUGAGUUCAGUAUCUAAAAAACACGGGAAGCUGAUCACCUUCUUGCGCUCCUUCAUGAAGUCCAGGCCCUCCAAGCAGAAGCUGAAGCAGAGGGGCAUCCUCAGGGAGAGGGUGUUCGGCUGCGACCUGGGAGAACACCUCCUGAACUCUGGACACGAUGUGCCCCAGGUCCUCAAGAGCUGCACGGAGUUCAUCGAGAAGCACGGCGUGGUGGACGGCAUCUACCGCCUCUCUGGCAUCGCCUCGAACAUCCAGAAGCUGCGGCACGAGUUCGACUCGGAGCAGAUCCCCGACCUGACCAAAGACGUGUACAUCCAGGACAUCCACUGUGUGGGCUCCCUGUGUAAGCUGUACUUCAGAGAGCUGCCCAACCCCCUCCUCACCUACCAGCUGUAUGAGAAAUUCUCUGAGGCUGUGUCCGCAGCAACAGACGAGGAGAGGCUCAUCAAAAUCCAUGAUGUCAUCCAGCAGCUCCCCCCUCCUCAUUACAGGACUCUAGAGUUCCUGAUGAGACACCUGUCCCACCUGGCAGCCUUCAGCUACAUCACAAACAUGCACACCAAGAACCUGGCCAUUGUCUGGGCGCCCAACCUGCUCAGAUCCAAACAGAUCGAGUCCGCGUGCUUCAGCGGCACGGCCGCCUUCAUGGAGGUCCGGAUCCAGUCGGUGGUGGUGGAGUUCAUCCUCAACCACGUGGAUGUGCUCUUCAGCACUAAGCUCAGCUCCCUGAUUAGAGAAGGCACAGGUCACAACUCUCUGUCCCGGCCCAAGUCGCUGCUGGUGUCGUCUCCCUCCACGAAGCUGCUGAGCCUGGAGGAGGCCCAGGCCAGGACCCAGGCUCAGAUCAACUCUCCUGUCACCGAAGACAGCAAGUACAUCGAGGUGGGGGAGGGUCCUGCCGCCCUGCAGGGCAAGUUUCACACCGUCAUCGAGUUCCCCACCGAGAGGAAAAGGCCUCCUGUUAAAUCCAAGAAGUCUCCUGUUGGGAGCUGGCGCUCCUUCUUCAACCUGGGCAAGUCCUCCUCCAUGUCAAAGCGCAAACUGCAGCGCAACCCCAGUGAGCCCAAUGAGCUGAAGGCCAUGGCCCUGGCAGGAGGUAGAGGAGACACGGUGACGCUGAGAUCGGCUAAAAGCGAGGAGUCCCUGAGCUCUAUGCACAACGUUGAAGGGGAGUCUAAGGUGUUUCGUCCUCGCCGGCCCCGCUCCAGCAGCGACGCCCUGUCCGCGUCCUUUAACGGCGAGCUGCUGGAUACCCAGCAGCACUGCAACUCCUACGAUAACAUGGACGCCGGCGAGGACAGCGACGACGGGCCCAUCUGUGUGCCGGCGCUCAUCUCGCCGCCGCGCUCGGCGGGCGAAGACGUGGACCUCAGCCCGCCAGACAUCGGCAUGGCUUCCCUGGACUUUGACCCCAUGUCCUUCCAGUGCAGCGGCCCCGACGGCUCCUUUGCCUUCCCCGCCGACGACUCGCCUGCUGCAGAGGGCCCCUCCUCCAAGAGGAGCCCCGGCAGCUCCAACCUGCUGUCUGCGCCCCCCCUCAGCAGCCUCACCGCCGACCGCGGCCGCUCUGAUGGGGAGAAGACGGAGAGUAGGAGGCUGACAUCUUCCUUCUCCUACACGGAGAAACCCACACAGGCCGUCUCCCCCAUCAAAUGUUCAAAGACCCCCAGUUUGACCUCGUUUCCCCUCUCAGAGCCCCCCUCCUCGGAGACGCCUGAACCGCUGUCUGCCCCUCCUCCUGCUGUCAAAGACCCGCCCCCUGUGGUGGGCAGCCUGCUGCUAAGGGGGGCGGAGCCGUCCCUGAGCGAAGCCUUCCAGGUGGAGCUGCAGGCCAAGCUGGCCGCCUUCGAGUCGGCAGACGGCAGGAACGAGGACGGACCGCCACCGGCCACCAGCCGGCAGGAGCAGAGAGGAGUCCCACCUCCAGACUCCGCCUCCUCAGAGCCCCCCUCCUGCUCCCUCAGCCCUGUAGCUCCUCCCCCUCCUAAAAACCCCGCCCUCAUGUUUGCUGAGUCGACCCAGCUGGUCUGCAGUCAGCCUCAGCCCCGGCCCUCGGAGGCCCCCCAACCCGCGUCCCUCCCGCAGCCACAGAAGGACCCGGCACCCCCACCCGUCAGCACGGUGGCUCCCGCCUCGUUCCACCCCCCCACCCCGAGUCUUCCAGUCAAACCAGAAAAGCCCAGCCGGCCAGCAGCCGAGCCUCAACGCCAGCCGGACGCCGACUCCAACCCAGCAGUGUCCACAUCAACCAGCCUGACGUCUCCAGCCAAGACCGGCCUAAACCAGCGGACCGUCCCAGGACCAGACCUGGAAGCCACUCCCAUCAGCACCGUGUUGGCCCCACCCAUUCCUGAGGUCCGACCAGAGGAGCCCACUCCCCCCAAAACCCUUCCGAAGUUACCUGACCCCCCACCUCCGAAAGCCAAAAAGCCUGCUGUCUCACUGCCUCAGCAGCAGCACAGCCAAGCUCACAAGCAGCCCCCCCCACUGACGCACCCCCACCCCCAGGUCCACCCCCAGCCUCAUCUGUCGAAAGCCAGCGCGAGAAUCGCCCCCACCUCCGCUGAACCCGUUGAAAAGCCCUGGGAGGCCAUCAAGCCGGUGCAGCCGUGCACCGACACCAUCAAGCAGAAGGAUCCGCCUCCGCCCCCCCCCAUCCGCACCAUGGACAGCAAACUGGCCACGGCUGCUCUCAGCCACAGUGAGGUUUCCUACCACAUGCUUGAUGAGGGCCCCCCGGCCCCCCAUGGGGGUGAACCUCUGCCCCACUGUCCUCUUUCUCCUCGCAAGUCGUCCACGCACCCCCCAGCCUACCUGUACCAUAAGGGAGAGCCCAUCUUCACAGAGCCUGCUGGGGGAACAUACUACCACCAGAGGCCUGUGGCGAGGGGCCCGCAGCCCGUUCCGUACCACUACAGACCCGACAGCGUCACCCCCCACCCAUGCCAGGUCCCCUACAGCGCUCGGAUCGAUAACCGCUACAGCACGCUGGGCCCCAGGUCCUACCACCACUCCAUCAAGCUGAGAGGAACCCCCCGAGGGGUGUAUGUGUCUCCAGGACCGGGACACCCGGGCUACAGCCACGACAGAACCCAGGGCUACCCCACCAUCCGCAGGGUGCACUCCCUUCACGCCCCCUCCACCAUUCACUCCGUACCCAUCCACAGGACCGAGGUUCCCCCGGACGACGACAUGUUCUUCUACCACCGCCCCGUGUACUCCUGCAAGCCCUACCCGCAGCCCCCCCCGCAGUCCUCCCAAACCGACUACCACGUCACUCAGCUCCAGCCGUACUUCGAGAACGGCCGGGUCCAGUACCGCUACAGCCCGUACUACGGCUCCAGCCCACUGGAGUUCCCCUACUACGACAUAGACCCCUACGGCACCAUCCGAGUCAGGCACUGCCACGCCUACGGAGGCCGGGAGGGGGGGGCUGCUCCCGGGCGUCCCAGUGGAAAGACCACCGGGUACCACUACCUGUCUAACUACGUCAUUCCUCCCGGAAAAGAGCAUAGCUUUGUCAGCAGAGACAUCCCGCCGGCUCACGGGAGCAAAGAAGCCUCCACCUACCACGCUUGGGAUCCCGAAGAGGCGGAGAGUCUCCGAUUUCACUCCAUCCGCAGAGAGGGGAGGGCCAGACUAAAGGUGAAAGGUCUGGUCCUCUCGCAGUACGACAACGUGGGGCUGUGCACCCCCGCAGACAUGUCACCCUACGACGGCGUGCAUCUACGGAGUAAAUCGGACCCCGGCAAAGCUAUGCUGGCUGCAGCCGAAAACAAGGAGGGCCGCUACGCCAGCAGACACAUGGCAUCCGACCCCGAUGUCCUGGUGUACUUCGACACGGACCGGCACGGCCCAGACAAGUCGGACGCUCUUUCCAAGACAAGCAUUCCAAAGAAAUGCCCGCCCUCUCACUCUGUUCCUGCCUUCCUGAGCCACAGUCUUCCCCACCAGCAGGAGAGCGUCCGGCACGAGGCCCGGGACAGAGGAGACGGCCGGUCCAAAUACCGGCAGGAGUACCCCAGCAAGAGGAACCUGCAGCCGCGGUACGAGGGGCCGGAAUCUGACCAGGUCAAAGCAAAGUCCGGCGGACACCACAGUGCAGACGAUGCGGCCCGCUCCAAAGCGGAGCGGUCCCACUGCACCCGGGAGGACCAGCCAGACCCGGACAGAGACCACCAGAAACCUAGCAGUAAACCUGCGCAGUCCCACUACGACAACCUGGACGACUUCCACCCAGCACCUCAGCCUCAGGCCCCCCCGCAGAAACACGCAGGCUCUCACCCGGCCCCCCCCGGCAGCCACGGCGGCAGAGCCUACUCCACAGCACUGGGACAGGGCGCCUUCAUCCAGAGCGAGCUGGCCAUGCAGAGGCCAGAGGCGGAGGUCCGCACCGAGUGAGGAGAGUCCGGCCGGAGGGGGCGGAGCUCCGACCCUACAGCCUCUGCGGGUCAGCGGACUGUCACAACACCCAGAGUUUUGCUUCUCUGUAUUUUUGAUGAAUUGUAAAGAAUAUUCUAAGACUUUUGUAAAAAGUACCGAAUGUACCUGAAAGGAAAGAACAGCCGCUGAUAAAUGUAUAUGACUGAAAAUGUAAACCUUACAUACUAUAUAUACAAAUGUGUAUAUCUGUAUACAAACAGAAUCACUAGUAAAAAGGGAAUUUUAGUUUUUUGUUAAGGUGAGGUGCAGGACUGAUCUCUGCAUUUUAGAAAUGCAUGUCUCUGCAGAAGAUUCUGAAUGUUCCAGCACAACCAGGUGAAAGGGGGAGGAGCUUCACUCGCACCUCUGACAAGUCUCAUGCUGUCUGCAGCUGUGCCAUUUUCAGGUAACCGUACGCCGGUACAGCGACCUCUGGUGGAGCGUCACUGUAUCUGCAGGCUCCUUCGUAGAGCAGGGACCAAAGACUGGGGGGGCCGUCCUUGCACAUGGGGGGUAAAGACUGGGAUGUGAAUGAAUGUUGAUGCUUCAAAAAAAUAUGUUCUUUUAUUUUUCCUGGGUUUUUUGUUUUUGAUUGGUGUUACUUGCAGGAACUGGACUAACUGAAUAAAGCUGAAUCUGAGUCCUCAAACACGCUGAA